AUGGGAAGCAUUGCUCGUCCUUCAAAGCCCUAUUCGGUGUUGCUCGUGGGUGCAGGCAUCGGCGGCCUCUCAGCAGCUAUUGCUCUGUCGCGCAAGGGCCUGGACGUCACGGUGCUCGAAGGGAAACCAGAGCUGAAUGAAUUCGGCGCCAGCAUCAGCAUUGAUUCUCAUGCGGUCAGAGUGAUUCAAAGUUACGGACUGGAGGAGCAGUUCAGGGCUUGCGUCACCGAGAACAGAUAUGCUGAUAUCCGGGAUGGCGCAAACAACGAGCGCUUGGGCGCCAUGUUUUUAAAUGAAGCGAAUAACAGCAACGUCCGCUGGGGUGCGCCCAAGUGGAGCAUACAUCGCGCAGACUAUCAACAGCUCCUCGCCAAAGGCGCCCAAGGGUACGGCACCAAGAUCUUGUUCGACGCCGAAGUCACCAGGGUCGAUGUCGAGACCAACAAGGUGCAUCUCAAAGACGGACGUUCACUUUCCGCCGACCUCGUUGUGGGAGCAGAUGGUCUUCGUUCCGCGGUCCGCGGAUCCAUCCCUGCAACGGCCUCCGUCGAGCUGAUCCCUUUCCACGAAAAAGCCUACCGUUGCACUGUCGACAAAGACGUCAUGGCAUCGAAUCCGAACCUCAGCUGGCUGUUGACGCGAGGCGCGAGCCAAAUAUGGUUGAUGGCAGGAAAAUACGUCCUGUCUUGGCCCUUGCCGCCGCACAAGCCGUACGACGUUGUCGUCUGCGUCGGUGAUGGCUGUAACGUUCCUUUCGGCUACUGGGGCAUCAAGGCCGAUCCAAAGCAAGUUGCCGCCGAGUUCGGAGACGCCUGUCCCGCGAUAAGAGACCUGCUUGCCAACAUCGGCCCUUGCGUCCAGUGGAGGCUAGCCGAGCUUCCUCCUCUGAGCACCUGCCGGAGCGAAAAUGGCGGCGUGGUCCUCCUUGGGGAUGCCUGGCACGCCAUGCUCCCCCAUGCCGGCUCCGGCGGCUCCUGCGCGAUCGAAGACGGCGCAGUUCUCGGCGAAUGCGUCGCCUGGGCCUGGGAAAACGCGCGGCCGAUCGCGGACGCGACAAAGGCGUACGAGACGCUGCGCAAGCCGCGCGUCGAGCGCAUCCAAGCCGCAAGCCACGACGGCGUGGUGUUUCUGAGCGGCGCCGACGCCGAGGUGCGCAACGCCUUCUUGGCCAGGCAGCUCGAGAUCGACGAGGCCGAGUUGGCGCGCCCCGAGGCCGAAAGGAGCGCCCAGCUUCGUCCCACCGCGGACAUCAAUGCGCCGUUCCCGAGCCCGCCUUAUCUGCAGUGGCUCUAUAGCUACGACGCCGUCCAGGAGACGCAGAAGUAUCUCGCUCAGCAGACACUUUAG